AUGAUCAAAGAGCUCACUAAGAAGCAGUUCAUCUUGUUUUACGACGACUUGUUCAGUGUGACCCACAGUGGAAAGGAAGGCCUCUCCUUCAGAAAGCUAGGCGAGCGCGUAUUUCUUACCAUCAAUAAGGACAGUACCAUCGACUUCAAAGAGUUCCAGUACUUGAUGUUCUUUCACAGCGAGGCCUCGGAAGAAGUCAAAAAGACCUUUAUUUACAAAUUGCACGACUUGGAUGACGGCGGCGAUGUGGACUGGAAGGAGUUCAGAACCGUGGCAAGACUGAUGCGGGGAAAAGACGACAAGAAGCAGUCGAAAGAACUAGAGGAGCAAAUCAAGAGCGAGUUCAAAGAAAAGGCGGGCUCCGAUCGAAAAAUCUCGAAAGCGGAGUUUCUCGCAAGCAGCUACUCGACCAGCUGCGAAAUGUACAAACUUCUGAUCCACGCGAAAGUCAGGAGAAAGAUGGGAUUCACGACGAAGCCGCACGGGACCGACGAAAUUAUGCAGCGCACUGGAUUCACCAAAGCGCAAGUUCAAAUUCUUCAGAGGAAAUUCAACAGGAUCGCUUUCCGAAGCAAAUUGGGGAGAAUAACCGGCGAAGCGCCCUACAUUUCCAGAGAGCGAUUCAUCGACUACUACGUCGACUUUUUCCACACUCACCACAAAUCGGGCAAUCCAACUCCCUUCGCCAGUCUAGUCUUCGACAGCAUCGACGACGGCGAGGACGAAAUCGCCAAGAUCGAGUUUCACGAGUUCGCCAAUCUCAUCAGACUCCAUGUCAACGCUUCGGACGAAGAGAGGAAACUCUGGAUCUACAAUCUUCACGAUUUGGACGAAAGUGGAAUCAUAGAGGAGAAAGAGUUCGUCGACGUUGCGAGAUGCAUGAAAGGAACGAUAGGCUAUUUCACUGAAGAAGACAAAAAGAAAACCAUCGACGAGUUCCGAAAAAUCGCGGGCGAAAACAACUCGAUCGAGAAGGACGAGUUUCUUCAGAGCGAUUACGUCACCAACUGCGCGAUCUUCAAGUCUCUAACUUCUAACCCCCUUUUUCAGCCGCUGGCUUGA